AUGGAGACGAUAUCUCGGGAGUGGGUCGUGCUGAUGCUCAUCCCAUGCUUGAUGGCUCUGGUGUUCCAGGCCGGGCAUGUCGCGAGCAACCGGGCGAACAGUGGAAAGGCCCUCGCCGCCGCCAGCGCCGAGCCCGCCCCUGCGCCGCCCCUGCCGUCCUGGCAGGCGGGCACCGCUUCCCACACCUGGACCUGGCGGGGCAACAAGGUGUGCUACCUCGCCACCGACGCCCCCGGCCCCGCCAUCCUGCUGGUGCACGGCUUCGGUGCCUGCUCGGCGCACUGGCGGGCCUGCAUCCCGGCGCUGGCGGCGCGCGGCUUCCGCGUCUAUGCCCUGGACCUGCUGGGCCACGGCGGGAGCGACAAGCCGCCGCUGGCCUACACCCUGGAGCUCUGGCGCGAGCAGGUGGCGGACUUCCUCGGCCAGGUCGUGGCCGGUCCGGCGGUCCUGGUGGGCAACAGCAUCGGCAGCCUGGUCAGCCUGAUGGUGGCUGCGCAGGCGGGGCCGGCCGCGCCACCCGUCCACGGAGUGGCCCUCGUGAACUGCGCCGGCGGCCUGAACAACAAGGCGGUGUCGGAGGACUGGCGCGCGCGCGCCGCGCGCCCCCUCUUCCUCCUGAUCGACGCGCUGCUGGCCCGGCGCCGCGUCGCCCGCUGGCUGUUCGACAAGUACCGCAGCCCGGAGAACAUCCGGAGCAUCCUGCUGAAGGUGUACAGGGACCCGGCCUCCGUGGACGACGAGCUGGUCCAGAUGCUGCACGCCCCCUCCUGCCAGCCGGGGGCACUGGAGGCCUUUGUGUCCAUCAUGAGCGGGCCGCCGGGGCCCCAGCCCAAGCACCUUGUCCCGGACAUUGGCUGCCCCCUGCUGGUGUUCUGGGGCACGGCAGACCCUUUCACCCCGCUGGCGGGGCCGGUGGGCAGGUACUUCCAGGCCUUGCCCUCGCUGCGGCCGGGCACGCGCUUCGUGGGCGUGCCGGGCGCAGGGCAUUGCCCCCACGACGAGACGCCGCAGGCCGUGCUGGCGGAGCUGCUGCCCUGGCUGGAAACCGUGAAGACCACGACCCAGGCUGUGGCCUGA